AUGAGCCACGAGAACAGCGAAGACCAACCGAAGGUCUACAUCAAGACGGCCGGCGGUAACGCUGCGUUCCAUAACUUCAUCAACGACUUCGGGCACAUCGAGGACCCGCUCGAGCGGAGGCGGCUGGCGCUCAAGAAGAUCGAUGACAGCUCGUUCGGCUGGUAUCAUGUGCGCGCGAUCAUGGUUGCGGGUGUGGGGUUCAUGACGGACUCGUACGACAUCUUCGCGAUCAACCUGGGCAUAACCAUGAUGUCGUAUGUCUUCUGGCACGGCAACAUGCCUUCGUCGACCAACUCGCUGCUGAAGGUCUCGACCUCCGUGGGGACCGUGAUCGGGCAGGUGGGCUUCGGCACGCUGGCUGACGUGGUGGGCCGGAAGCGCAUCUACGGUUUGGAGCUGAUCCUUAUGAUUCUCGCGACGGUGCUGCAGUGCAUGAUCGGGAAGUCACCUGCUAUCGAUUUUGUGGCGGUGCUGACUUUCUACCGUAUCAUCAUGGGCAUCGGGAUUGGCGGCGACUACCCGCUGUCCUCCAUCAUUACCUCUGAAUUCUCGACCACCAAGUGGAGAGGCGCCAUCAUGGGCGCGGUCUUUGCCAACCAGGCAUGGGGCCAGAUCACUGGCGGUAUCUUGGCGCUGAUCCUGGUGGCCGCUUACCGUGGCGACCUGGAGCCCGCGGCUUCGGGCCUGGAAUGUGGCUUCGAAUGCCAGCGCGCAUGCGACCAAAUGUGGAGAAUCCUCGUCGGGUUCGGCUGUGUGCCCGGCAUGAUUGCGCUGUACUUCCGUUUGACUAUCCCUGAAUCACCCCGCUACACCCUGGACGUGCAGGCUGCGGACCUCGCGAGACUUGCCAACGAGCCUAGCCGUUCCGACCAGGAGGAGAACCUCGAGAAAAUGGUGUCGCCCGUCGAGCAGGUCAACGUCGCUCCGCCAAAGGCGUCUUUCCGCGACUUCUGCAGACACUUCUCCAAGUGGAAGCACUUCAAAAUUAUCCUCGGCACCGCGGGCUCCUGGUUCAUGCUGGACGUGGCGUUCUACGGCAUGAACCUGAACACCACCGUCAUCCUCGAGACCAUCGGCUACGCGCAGCAGAACAACGUCUACGAGAAGCUCUACAACAGCGCCGUCGGCAACCUCAUCCUCAUCUGUGCGGGCUCGCUCCCCGGCUACUGGUUCUCCGUAUGCACCAUGGACAUCAUCGGCAGAAAGCCCAUCCAGAUCGGCGGCUUCACCAUCCUGACCGUGCUCUUCUGCGUCAUUGGCUUUGCAUACGACCGCCUCGGCGAGAAGGGUCUGCUCGGCCUCUACGUCGUCUGCCAGUUCUUCAUCCAGUUCGGCCCCAACGUCACCACAUUCAUCGUCCCCGGUGAAUGCUUCCCCACCCGCUACCGCUCCACCGCCCACGGCAUCUCCGCCGCCUGCGGCAAGCUUGGCGCCAUCAUCGCUCAGACCUGCUUCGGCACCCUGGUCGACCACCACUGCGCCCGCGACGGCAAGGCCAAGAACUGCUGGCUGCCAAACGUCAUGAAGAUCUUCGCGCUCUUCAUGUUCUGCGGCCUCCUACUCUCCUUCCUCAUCCCCGAGACCAAGAGAAAGACUCUGGAGGAGAUCAACGAGCAGUACCACGGCGAAGUAGACCCCGGCAAGUUUGCCUCCCACGCAACGAACGACGCCAACCGCGUCGAGUCUGUUUGA